CCAAAACAUACCGAACUACAUGGCAUCACAUUUCAAAAGACCAAGAUCUCAACAUUUUUUUUUACUUUUUCAACAAACAUUACCAACAUCAUUUCUGAACACAUGCCUCUUAAUUAGUGAAAUGCUCAAGUAAAUAGAGAUUUAACCCCACAAUUUAUAUUGAUUAGGCCAGUCCCACUGAUAAGACCUUUUGUCUGAUAUAUAUAUAUUUUUUUUUUUGCUUUUUCAUGCAUGACAAAAGAAGAGUCUAUAUAGUAUGAUGUGUUUGUUUACAUAGUAAGAAGCCUCAGUCAUAUAAGUAUACAUACAAUUUAAGUAAUCACUUUUAGUGUACAAGCUGUCAGUCUCUUAGACAUGAAGUAGCUGCUAGUCACUUUAGAGAGAGAGAGAACGCUUGAAUACUGAAAUUAUGAGAGUGUUCUUUGAACUGUCUAUUAUAUAGAGUGUAUUUCUUGCUUCUUAAUGGUAUGAGACACCACAGCAUACACUGCAGAUGAGUAAUUUGUUUUUACUGUGUGCCGAUGUGGCUGUCUGCUGUCAAACUCAUGUUCUCUGGAGCGGAGUAUCCCCUCAAUUCAUGAAUGAAGAAGUGUGUUUGCACACUAAUUUUUGUUAGGAUAUUGAACCAUUAUAUCAACAAAUACUGUUAACCUUUUGAAGAACAAAUAUCUUGAAAAUAAUGUAUAUAUAUAUCACAGGAAACAGUGGAUACCAAUUACAAAGCCCAACGAGCUAAUGCUGUAUAAGGAAAGAUCACUCUUUAUUGUGAGAAACGUAUGAAAGACAUAAAUACGUGCUUUUGGUAAAGUGCAGAUUUUUAUGUUAAAGCAGGUGGUACACACAGCAGUUACUAGGCCUUAAAGGGUAACUAUCAUAUAUACAACUAGUAAUUAAGGUAAAAAGGUAAAGUUUUUGCUGUGCUUAACUAAUUAAGCACCACAUCAUGAAGGUGUAUGGGGGAGGGAAUGUACAGACAAUUAAAAUAGCAUAGUGACAAGAAGUUUCUUUGGAGGUAAUAGUAUUCUUUUCAAGAAAGCCCACUAAAGAAUCAGUUACAGAAGAAGCAGUAAGACAUACAGUGUGCCCUUCAGGAGCAGCUGCCCCAUGCCUGUUACAAUUUUGACAGGUAUGCCAAAUUGACUUGCUUAGAAUCAGUGUCCAAUCAUCAGAAAAAUGCACCAUUUACACACUUACUGUCAUGUGCUUGUAUUGGGAUUUCACCUGUUUGACAAGCCAUUUGCCACAAAAAUUGGAUUUUGAACUUCCAUUAGAAACAAAAACUGUAAAGAAUGAAUGAAAUAAAGAUGUUGGAUUUGAGGUUCUCACAGAAAUAACUGUGAAGAGUAUUUCCUUUUGGAUGUGAUGCCAUGCAGUUUGGUAGAACUUUAUCGAGGUUUCGGAAGAAUAUACUGCCUAUGUUUUCAGGGUUGAAGAGUCAGCCAAGUAAGAAAUCAGCAAGAAACAGGUAGAAGCAGAGCUUUUUGCAAGUUUCUUCCUUGGCUUACUGUUUAACCCAGGAGACAGAGGUAGUAUGUUUCUGUAAUACAUCAGUGAACUUCUACCAGACUGCCUGACAUAAAAUCCCAGAAGUGAAAAAACUAAUAAUUGCUGUAUAUUUAGACUCUUAUGUGCUACAGAAAACUACAUAUGAAGCUUCCUUGUAUAUGGAUGAUAAAUGUAGGAAAAUAUGACCUUUACGUGUAUGGUGGCAGGAGCCCAUCACUUGAUUGGAUUGACUGACACUUGCAUGUUUUAAACUUUGGCCUGUCAGAUGGUGAGGUUGGCAAUGGAUGUGUUAUGUUAUUAAUCAGAUAUCAGCCAUUCUCAUAAAUUUUCAGUACGGACUUUCAGAACUUACUGGAUAAAAACUCUAUGGAAAUUUCAGAUGAUAGUAUUUGCUUAAAUUGUAUGAUUUAUAUAGUGUGAGGAAAGUAGAUUCUCCACAGUUCAAGCAUAACCACAGUUUUUGUGUUGAUUGGCUUUGUCAGGAUGAAAGUUUUUAUAUGCAAUAAACAAUGUGAAAACUCAAUACUGAGACAUAUAUAUCAAAUCAACUUUGCACUAAAAAAUGAAGUACACAUUUCCAUAAAUUCUUGAUGUUGCUGAGAAAUAACAAAAUUAUAUCAUAAAUCUCAGAGUUAUGUUUGCCAUGAAAAAAGAGCCAUCUUUACUGGGAUAGUGAGUCAUGUUUCACCUGAUCUAACUGUAUACCAGGGGCAAGUGUUCUGCUCAUACAUGUCUGUUUGGAAGCUCUUUGACAGUCUGUAUCCGUAAUGUAUUCUUGAAGUGAAAUCUGAGGUUCUCAUUACAGUGAACAUGAAUAUUCAAGUGUUUCGCGUGUGACACCAUAUAGUUUGGUAGAUAUGCACUCAUGUUUCAGAGGACUGUGUGAUAAGUAUCUUUCAUCUGAACAUCCAUAUGUUUGAAGUGUUCUCUCUUUUUCAGGAAAAGAAAAAAACAAACAAAAAAACAAAACAUAGUUCCUCGAACAAUAUCAUCAUGCACAGAUUUGAGAAGCCAAAAUGUAACAGGGAAAGGAUUAAUAACUUCUAUACAUCACUAAAACCAAUGCUCUAUGCACUCAGAUAUGUUGGCUUGGCCCCAUUCAGCUUCAGAACAGUAAAACAGGAGGAUGGAAAUGAGACCACAACAUUUGAGAUCACUUGGACCACAUCAUUAUACUCUAUCUCUUUUACUUUAGUAUUAUGCAUCUCUACAAUAAUCUCCUUAAUUGGGAGGUUCAGGUACACAUAUCUCACUAUGCCAGACCAAGCUAUGGUACCUGACUUCCUAGUAUGGUGCACUCUCAGUAUAUGUGCCUGCUCUUCACUUCUAUUAGGAUUUGUAUUUCGAAAAAGAAUGGCACGAGUUCUUGACACAAUUUCACAGAUAGAUCAGAGUCUGUUGAUGAACUUAACAUACACUUACAGCAAUACAUUUCUAAUAGUGACUACCAUCUUGGUUAUAGUACUCUGCUUAGUAACUACCUUAGUAUCUCUGUUUUUUCUAUGGACAGUUGAAGUAUCUGGAAUUGAAUCUAUGGUAUUAGUUUUACCAGGUUACAUUAACUACUUUGUUAAUAAUUUAAUGGUUUUGAUGUUUGUCUGCCUUGUAACAUUAAUAUGGCAUCGCUACCGAAUUCUUAAUUCUCAUCUGACCAACAAAUAUAUUUCUUCCAGUAUGCUGCAGACUCUGAAUAUGUCAUGUAAUACAUCAAAUUCUGAGCGCCACCAUUCUGUGGUCAAAACAAAUAGCAAAGAUCACACAUCUUUCUGCCAAGGAAAGGGUUAUAUGUGGAGGCCUCUAGUAACUGAACAACACUGUAAUGUUUAUAACAUCAGAAAGCUUCGUGAAUUCCAUGACAGUUUACAUGAUGUUGCAUCAGAUAUUAACGUGAUUUAUGGAUUUCAGAUUCUUGUCGAUAUAGCUCACACAUUUAUUGACAUUACAAUAACUUUAUAUAUUAGUACUGUGUGUGCAAAAGAGGAUGCACAAGGUGGCAGCACUAUUGCAUAUCAUGGCGCAAUUGUUAAUGCCAGUUGGAUGCUGCUUUUCUUCUUAAAGCUGACAGGCAUCACACUAUCUUGCCACUUGGCCAGUAAUGAGGCAAAUGGUACUGCAAAUAUUUUACAAAAGAAGUUGCUAACAGAGGAGUUGAGACCAGGCACUGAAAGGGAAAUACAAAGCUUCUUGCAACAAGUCACUACCAACAAACUUUACUUCUCAGCUUGUGGAUUUUUUCACAUCAACCUCUCGACAGUGUGUGCCAUGAUCAGUUCUGUAGCAACCUACCUUGUUAUUCUGCUCCAAUCUUGAAUAUACCAUCUUUCUAAUAACAGAACUUUAAGAUUUUACACUGCAAAUACUCGAGAUCAAUAUUAAAUACAAUCUCAAGUCCAUUAAUCCAGUUCACAUCCUCACCACAUUUUUGCAAGGGUUAUGUUAAUGUCAUUCACCUCUCUCCUUGGUCUACCAAGUGAUAAGUCUGCAAGAGACUUGCCUAACACCAUUUGAAAUCUCUGUAAGAGUUCCUCUUUUCCCUUUCUAAACCGCAAAUCUAAGCCUUUUUAAAAGAAUUUUAAAUCCAAAAAAUACUGGAAUGGCUUUCCAUAGAUGAAAGCAUAAGAAAAAAAAUUAAUGAGGGAUAAUCAAAUAAUGAAAAAAGUAAUUACUAUAAUUAUUCCAAACACCGGAUGUAACACUUAAAGCAGAACUGUAAAGCAAUAUGCUAAUAAAGAUUGGAAGAAAAAACAACUAACAGAAUAAGAAGAGCCUUAAAAACAUUCUCUUAUGACUGAAACUGAAUAGCACAAAAGGAAUGGAAAGACCUGAUCUUGAAUGUGGACCAGAAGGAUAGACAAUAACAAAACAUAAUGAACAUAUGACUGAACUCGAUGAAAUGUGUUUCUUGCGAUAAGUAGCUGGAGAUACAUUCUAAGACAAAGAGAAACGACGAUACUAUAUUAGAGGGAAGUUACAUAUUGAUAAUAUUUCAGACUACAAAGAAAUGGAAAGGAUAUACUGAAAGGAUGGAACAAAAUCUUACUGAAAUGAAUUAUAGAAAUUAAAGUCCUUGAGGAAGAACAAAUAUUAGAAGAUCAGUAACAAUACUAAGUGUCAGAAUGAGAUUUUAAUGAACAUUGGAAUAUAGGACCAAACUUGCAGAUUGAUGAUGAAGUUCGUUAAUUACUGUUCAUAAUUUUGAACAGGAUAGCUGUAUGAGGGAUACAUUAAUGCUUCUUGCUUGAAAUUCAAAUUUUUGUAAAUGUUAGCAAAAAAAUAUCAUCCUGUGAUGGGUCAUACAAACAACCAAUUCACACCCUCAGUACCUUUUAUCUCUGAGGUGGAUUUUAAUAUUAUUCUCCAGUCUAAACACAUAACUGCCAAGUGAUCUUUUCCUUUGAGGUUAUCAACCAAAUGUUGUAAGUAUUUUUUUGUCUUCACACACCAUAAAAAUGUAACAUGAACAUUGUCUUCAUGCACACUACACAUUUUGCCUAUCUCACUGUCAGCUUCACACACCAUAAACAUGUGACAUGAACAGUGAAAGUUAUGAAGAUCUUCAUAUGUAAUUUUAUCCAUAAAAGUUAAAAUUAAGAUUUUAAGGAGCCUAUUUGAACACAAUGGAGUAGUAACCCUUAAUUUAAAUGACCACUGUACAUCAUUAUAUAAACUAUAUUUAUAUAAGAUGGAGUCAUAUUUAUAACAUGUUUUGACCAAAAUGACUAAAUGACCAUCAUUAGGUGGAAACACGUCAUGGUACUGACUAUAUCCUUCUACAUAUAGAUAAUUUUUGUUAGUGUGAGAUUUAUUACUGUCAUUAUAUGAUGCUGGGUUAUUCUAACAAUUAAUUGUUGAGUGUUAGUUUGUUGCAUGAACAUAAAUUACAUAGGGGGUCACAAACAAGUGAGCAGCCUUUUUUGUCAGUUUAGUAAUGCAUAUUCUGUUCAUAAUGAAAUUAUCUUAUAUGGAUAUUUGAGGUAUAGUGUAUUGUAUAAAGAAAAUGGUUUACAACUGACUUCAACAUCGGUCUUAAAGCAUCACAUGAUACCAUGUAGGCCUGGAAAGAAAUACAAGCAUGAAAGGAGAAAGUUAGUAGAAUAAAAUUUAUAUAGCAAGUGAUGAGGUUCCUCACUCAAGUCUCAAUGGUUGCUACACUAGUCUUAUAGAAAUAACAUUUGUGUGGGAGAGUGCAGUAAUUAGUUACAGUUUCAUACAAAGAAGAUGAACCACUAUAUAUGAAAGCAUUUUUUAUGAAACAGACUUGAAUUUUGAAACAUUAUGAGGACUGAAAGCUACAAGCUUCCUGAAAGAUAAUAGGAUCAGAAAUGAAGGCUAGAAGCAACUCUGUCACUGGAUGAAUGAAGAGGAUAAGAUGCGGAAAGAAACCCCUGAAAAUUGUGAGAGCAAAAGCUCUAAAGGAUAUAUUUAUCCAACUACACACCCAUGUAAUAAUAUAAACACAAGAUUCAAACCCUUGGAGCUGUGAAAUGCAUUACAUUCAGGUGAAGUACUUUUCAACAUUACGUAUGCGUGCUGUGCUACAAACGCACUCAUGUCAUGAUAUAUGUGAAGAAACAGAAAGUACAAUGAUGAUUCAUAUUUAUGUGGACUCCAUUAAGACUUGUAGUUCAACUGUGUUAAAUAAUAUUUUCUGCAAAUUAAGUAUAUAAAUCGUGUUUCACUAAGCAGUACAUCAUAUAUUAUUAUUACAUGUGCUGGCACAAAUUGUAAUAUGGGGAAGAAUAUCUGUCUCUAUACGCAAAAAGGUUUCUAAGCAGCAGAUUUAUCAUUGUCAUUAUCAAUUUUUGGUUAUCAUAGCAAAGAAUUUUCAACAAUUAAUAUGCUGCAUGAACAUAAGUUACAUAGUAGGCCACAAAGAAGUGACCAAUUUUUGUUUCAGUGUAUCAUAUGUGUUAGGUGGGUACUUGUAAUGUUUCAAUGUUGAGUCAUUAAGUGUAGUAUGCUGUAUAAAAAAAUUGUAUUGACUAUUUGUGCAUGAUAUAUAUGGGAGAUGCCAUCAGAUAUCAGCCUUCAUGUAUCAUCUGACUGGCACCUGGGAGGUUCCCAGUCAAAAUCCUUGCUGGAACACAAACUAUCUUCACUUUUCUGUGGUAUUCCUUGGUGCUUCUAGGAUUAAGCUGGGAUGGCACUCUGAAGCAGACAAGGGCUGCUUCUUUACAAAUCCUUUCCAACUCAUCACUUAUUAAUCAUUUUACCAGUAGUGUAUAGUUUGAGCUACUGACAGUGUCAUUAAAUAAACGAAAAACCAACUAUCCAAAGCUACCAAUCUAUUUUCAAUAAAAUUUGUUACUGUGAAGCUUACACUAGGAAUUGCCAUGUAAAUUUAAUAUUGGUUUAUACAAGUGCUUUCAUGAACCUCAAAUGAAACUAUAUCAAGACAACAGUCUUUGAGGAUGUGACACCAUGCAGUUUGGUAGAUAGGUAUUCUUUUGGAGGAACCAGCUGGCUCAGUCUUUCAGUGUAGAAAUUUCUAAAAAAUAUCUCAUCAUAUAAAAGACUGGUGCUUUAAAUAUGGAUGUAGCAAAGA